GUCUGGCCCAAUUUUAUCUUCAUACAGGUUUUCUAAUUGACAAGGUAAAGUCAUGGUAUUGGUCAAACAAGGGGAAUAAUGUUGACUUUCAUAAAGCAAGUGGGUAUGCCAUAUAUUGUCCGGAGACACAAUACUUUAUUGGAAAACUUUUUACCUCUGGGUUCAAUGACGUUAAUGCUUGUGAAAUGGCUUUAAAAUGGUUUCUCAAGUCUGCAGAGAAUGACCAUACACUAGCUAUGUAUGAAGUAGGUAUGAUAUACCUAGAAGGAAAUGGGGUUCAAAAACGAGGGGAUUUGGUACUCUAUUGGCUCACGCAGUCUGCUGAACGAGGUUUUGUGGAUGCACAACUGGAAUUAGGUCUCUUUUACCAAACUCCCUGAUCUGACGGACUAUAACAAAUCAAUGCACUGGUUAAGAAAGGCGGCUGACAAUAGCUCUUACAAAGAAAACAGCUCUAUUGAGAAACGUUAUGAAGCACAGUAUUGGAUUGGAAAACUCCACAAGUACGGGAUCGGUCGUUUGGUGGAUAUCGAUUUGGCUUUUGAGUGGUUCAUGAGCUCAGCAAAAAACGGGAAUGGACCUGCCAUGUAUGAAAUAGGUUUAAAUUACAUCCUUAGACAAAAUGAUGAACGCAACUUCAGAGAUUUAGCUUACGAGUGGUUUACAAAAUCAGCAGAACUAGACUACCUUCCGGCUCAAAUCUUUAUGCUUAAGAAGGAUCCAUGUGACCUGGAAAAAAACUUCUAUUGGUUACAAAAGGUGUUUAAUAUCAAUGAUCACAAAAAAAGUAAAUACGCUAGAAAAUGUUACGACACACAACUUUCGAUUGGAAAAUAUUAUAAAACUGGUUUAUUGGUUCCUGUCGACUCUGAUAUGGCUUUACAAUGGUUUAUGAAAUCCGCAGAGAAUGGUAAUAGAGUUGCCAUGUGUACAGUAGGUUUGAUUUACUUGGAUGGAGAAGAACUUGAAAAGCAAGAACAAUUGGCCUGCCACUGGCUAACGCAAUCUGCUGAACGAGGAUAUAUUAGGGCACAGUUUGUAUUAAGCGAGCUUUAUAAAACAUCUACUGCUCUAAGUGACCGUGUGAAAUCCACUUACUGGUAUGAAAAAGCGUUGGAAAUUAAGGAAGGCUAUGUUACGCCGUUUCUAACAAACAGCAACAACAACGAAUAUAUAAGUUCUUUUAUUUCUUUUUUGGAAAAAAUUGAACAUAAUGGUUCUAUAAUUGAACCAGUAAUUACGGAGGAGAUAAUAGAUGUGCCCAUUGCAUCCCUGUUUGAUGAAACAGUUGGUCUUCCCAUGAAACCAAUGACUUCAUCGGAAGUAGAAGAUUAUAUGAAGCUCAGUUAUCCACACUUGAGACGUGGAUUCUUCGAAAAAAUCAAAUAUCGACUUAGACGUUUUUGA